AUGGCAGCGAUGUGUUUCUGUUUUAGCGAUGGAAGCCUUCGACUGUUUCCGCCCCUCCCAGUGGAAGCCACAGUGGAAGCGUCACGAUGCGGUCGGUCCGUCGGUCGGUACGGAGCAGCGUUGGCAAUUCGACAGGAGACGUUGUAUAUGCUGGGGCACCCAGGAGACGAGUCCCUCCCCAGAGAUGGUGGUGAUGGUGGUGGUGGCAUACUCCGUACCAUGCCCGGUAAUAACAGUAGGCCCGAAGAGAAGGAGGAGAAGGACCACGGUCGUCCCAGGCUUCCUCGUCUCCACUCUGAGCACAUUCCUGUUCAGGGGAGAGAGAGACCUGGGAGGCAAUCGUGA